AUGGCUGGACUCAUAAGACAAGUAUUCAGAACCAACUUCACACAACGUUUACCUGUUGCCCUUACCCAAUCACAUAGAUUCUUCUCGGCGGAAGCACCUCAAACCUUUACCAAAGAAGUGCUGCAAAAGUUGGUGAACACCAAUAAAGUUGUCGUGUUUAUGAAAGGCAAUCCCGAGGCACCUCGUUGUGGUUUCAGUAAUGCUGUGGUGCAGAUCCUACGUAUGCAUGGUGUACAAUACGAUGCCCACGAUGUUUUGCAAAGCGAUGAACUAAGAGAGAAAAUUAAGGAAUUCUCGGAAUGGCCCACAAUUCCACAAGUUUUCAUCAAUGGUGAAUUUGUUGGAGGCUGCGAUAUUCUUCUACAAAUGCAUCAAAGUGGCGACCUCAUCGAAGAACUGAAAAAGGUUGGCAUUGAAUCACUUCUCCUUCAAGAAGCCAAUGAAUCUGACAACAAGAAAGAAGGAAAAUAAAUAUGUA